UCACUCUAGGCUGGCCGGGAGAGAAAAAAAACAAGUACUUAUCACACGGUGAGAAAGAGGGCUUGAAAUAUAGGCGGUGUACUUCGCUCGUUUUCCUUCCGUGCGAGAGAACUUAGGAGAGUAAUCGAGGGAGAGAGAGAUUCCCGGAUUUCUUUGGGAAAUCCCAGCACAAUCAUUUGCUAGAGAGAUCCUCGCGCUGCUUUUCUUUUCUAGCUUUGUUUCCGGACAUCAUGGGCGCUUACGACGGUGCUGAAGCUCCUCGAGCAGCUCCUGCGAGCACUGCUGCCAAUUCCAGGCCCUCGCGAUUGCUGCUGCUCCACAGCCUGCUUCUACGCCUCGUGGCGGUGGUCCUCUCGAUUUUGGUGAUUGCCGUCAUGGUUCACGCUAAGCAGCGCGUCAUGAUCUUCAAGGCCGAGUGGGAUAACUCUAAAGCCUUCGUAGCUCUGGUCACCAUCAGUGCUAUUUGCCUCGGCUACUCGUUUCUCCAAUUCAUUCUCUCCGCCUUCCAUCUCUGUUCCAAGUCGUGGAAGUCACCCACGAAGUGCUGGGCUUGGAUGAACUUCAUCGCUGACCAGAUCUUGACGUACGCUAUGCUGGGAGCGGCAGCGGCGGCGGCGGAGCUGGCUUACAUCGCCAAGAACGGAUCCUCUCGAGCGCAAUGGCAGCCCAUCUGUUCGACUUUCAACACCUUCUGUACGCGUGCCGGUGCCUCCAUUAUUCUUUCCUUCAUUGCUGUUCUGGCGCUGGCCAACAGUUCUGCGAUCUCUGCCUAUCACUUGUUUCGCAGGCCAAGCUCAUCUGUGUAGGUAAGAGAAUUCGUGUGCUUAAACCAGAAGAGAUUUACAAUGUAACAUGCUCUCUCUCUCUCUCUCUCUCUCUCUCUCUCUCUCUGUGAUGAAGAAGUAUUUUUAAUUCCGGAUAGAGGUGGUAGAAAGUACGAAUAAGUGAAACUUCGGAGAACUCUAGAUCUGCUUGCAAAUUCAAGCGUUGGACUUGUUCAAAUCGUAAAUAUAUAUAUAUUAUAUAUGGCCGGGACCACCGUGGUUCCAACCAUUUC